ACUGAUAAAAAAUCAGCGCGAGCAGUGAGAGCUACAUUUAUGAGACAACGUGGUCUUGGCCGUUUUUUUCAGUUUUAGUGAUUGUAAAGAUCACAAGCACAGAGCUCAUCACUGUAGUAAAAUCAGAAAUCGUUAAGAGUUCGAGAACCAAGUAGUUUUAUUUUUUAUUAUUGUAUUAAGUAAAAGAAACGAUAGCCAUGGCGAGUACGAAUUGCUCCCAGUUGACUCCCAUACCACAGUCCAUAUUGAAACCCAGUUCGCGAAUCAGUAUGCAACCCAAGAAACUGUCCCAGCCGUUGCAAGUCCGAUUUGACUCCUUGGUCACAAUUGACGUGGUUUCAAUUUUGAAGGAUUAUAUCGAAGGGCGAAGCGAAGUGAAAUAUCACCAAUUAUUGAAUCUGAAAAAUGAUCCUAAUGUCAAUGAUGGAUUUUUACUCUUGAUUCUUCAACAAGUAAACAGCUCUAUCAGUCUGCUGACUCCAAAAGUUGAUUCCUUUGUUGAUGCAUUGCUGCACAUUUCAUGGACAACAAGACAGCCCCCAGUACUUGAUGAAUAUUUGACAUUUCUCCAAACACUAGUUUCAGCACACACAUUCUACUGUAGAUCAGUAGUCAAAAUGCUAGUCUCACAUCUGACACUCCAUUCAGACUGUGAAAAAUCUACAUCGAAUGUUCAUCUAGUGUUGAGGGGAAUUCUGCAGCUGAUACCAUUGUCUCAAAGUAUUAUUUGGGAUUCUUUAAAUAAUGGUUUUCCCUACAUUGGAUCAAGCAGUUGCAAUCAAGUAAACUACAUCAGAAAUCUUCUACAUUUUGUUGAAUACCAUGAAAUGUCUGGACCCCGUGUUUUACAUCUCAUCAUUGGAAGAAUCAUUAAAUUGGACAGCAGAGUUUCAAGAGAGGACUUGCUACAAAAAUUCAAUCAGCCUAUGGAGUUUGAUGAGGAUACAGUCUUGAAUCAAGCUUCUGAAACGUUAGACGAAAUCAUGAAAGUUAUGUUUGAGUUGUGUCAUCGCAAAUGUCAUAGCGAAUGGAUUGUUCAUCGGAAUUUUUAUCAGGACAUGUACGCUACGUUCGAAUCUUUGAUACUACCGGCCGCCGGUAUCCAUCAUGUCCAUUACUUGAUGUUCUACAUAUGUAGUACCAAAACUGCUCUCUAUGAAGCUUUUACUGAGCGCUUGUGGGUCAUUUUUCUUACCCCUUCAUCUCAGUUGAAUAUUCGAAAAUCGUGUGCCGAUUACCUUGCUUCGUUUUUGGGGAGAGCCUCUUUUGUACCCAUGAAGUACGUCAUUGACUGUCUGGAUCGAGUGUGUCAGUGGAUUCACGCAUACCUCGAUCGGCAAUCAAAGGGUGAGGGAGCAGCUGUUUUUAAAAUCCGAGCCCAUGCAGCAUUCUAUGCCGCUUGUCAUAUUCCCUUCUACGUUUUGGCUGCUAGGCAUCGAGAUAUUGUCAACGACAGAAAGCUUCUCGCCCGAUUGCAAGCCCUGGAUUUGAAUCGAAUUGUCAACUCACCUUUGAACCCACUACGCUAUUGUCACGCUACAACUGUCAGACAAUUCGCAGAAUCCGCUUCACAUCUGCAGAUUGUAUUCUGUCACACCAUCAUGAUUCGUAAUCAAAGGGUUUGUAUACCUGAAGCUACAACCGACACAUUUGUCAUGGAUACAGAAUAUCCAUUCGAGAAAUACCUCUUGCCCUCGUCGAUGGAUUUUGUGUCACCUCUUGUUAUUGACAAACCUAUCGGUCGUGACGAUUCACUCUACGACAGCGAUCAGGUUAUGGAGGAGCUUUUGUCUGAAUCACCAAGAGUUGGCGGCUUUAUGCACCACUUCAUGGGUUGAUUUCAUCAAUAUUGUCGUUGGUAAAAUCUAAAAUUUACCCCAUUUUCCCUGUUUCUUUAUUUUCUGCAAUUCUCCACAUCUUUAUUACCAUAUGACCGUCUUUUCCCAUUCGUGUCGGUUAAAUUAUGUAUAUUAACGUGGUAUAUAUUCACUCGAUCGUGCCUAUUUGUUGGAAGACCGUUGAAAUUAACAUUUUUUCCUUUUGGGUCUUGGUCUACGGAUUAAUCAUCCGUUACGCUAUUCACAACUUCGGGAGCUGAUCACUGCUGCGGUUUCUCUUCGUAAGAACAUUAUUUUUCCUUUUUCUAUACUCGAUCGUAUUGGGCGGCUUGGGACGUACGUUGAAAUUCUCCUUUGAUUCGUGGGCUUGUUAAAUUUCUUUUUGUCUACUCUACUAUUACCGCAAUGUUAUUUGCUCUCCCCUUCGAUUUCGCCGUUUCCUAUUCAACUUACAAAGAUGUUGUCGCCAGCGUGUAAUGAAAAUUAAAGUUUUCGUGUAAUUCAUUUGAAAAAAAAAAUUGCCACUUAAAAACCAGUUCCCUUUAGUGAGAAUAAAAUUCAAGUGAAGCGUG